AGAGAGACAGAAAGAUAGAGAGAGAUUCUGCUUCUCAUGUACUCUCAAACCCUUCCCAUUUUCAUCUCAACCAUGUCAUCAAGUACUUCUGAUAACAUCUUUCUUCUUAGAAAGGACCAACAAGAUACAGCCAAUUCGCAGCUUGCAGAAAGGCUCGUUCCACACAGUGAGAGUUUUGCUUCAAACACUUCAGAGACUCUUUCUACAGCCCAAGAAGAAGCAGAAGCAGAAAGCUGCGAGAAUAGAGAAGAGUCAAAGGAACAGAUCAAGCUCAAGAAGAAGCAACAAGAGAAAGAAAAGGAAGAAGAUGAUGAUCAUGUUGACGAUGAUAAUGAUGGGUUCAGAACUCCAACGUCUUUGGACCACAGAAUCCCAGAAGCCAAACAAUGCCCAGCUCCGCCCAGAAAACCCAAACCAUCUCUCAAAAGAAAAGCUGCUUCUGACACUACUUCUUUCACAUCUUCUUCAUCAUCAUCAUGCAGAAGAAACCCACUUGAUCUCUCCAGAGAGGUUGAAUUAUUAUUGUUCCAAACCCAACGUAACCCUCUUUCUGAUUCUCACCAAAACCCCAAGAAAUCUCGAAGACAGGAGUGUAAGAUGUAAUUAUAUCCACCCAUGU